GUCAUUAUAAAUAUAGAUUGGUCUACGGUAGCGACAGCGUGACAGUUGCAGACAAAAGGGCAGUGGUUAAGUCUAUCUAUUUUGAUAUUCGAAAUGCCCGUGGAUUUAAGUCAGUGGAAUGGAGACUUAGCCCUCGGCGAAGUGGACGAGAAGCCUGCACAUCCUCUCGUUGUGAAGUAUGGGUCUCUUGAAAUUGACGAACUGGGCAAAGUGCUCACACCCACCCAGGUGCAGAACCCUCCUACUGCAAUUGAGUGGGAUGGCUGUGACUCCAGCAAGCUGUACACGUUGGCCAUGACAGAUCCCGAUGCCCCGAGCAGAAAAGACCCCAAGUUCCGGGAAUGGCAUCACUUUCUGUUGGUGAACAUGAAAGGAAACGACAUCUCUAGUGGAUGCGUCAUGUCCGACUACGUUGGGUCUGGGCCCCCCAAAGGAACUGGUCUCCAUCGCUACGUGUGGCUCGUCUACGAGCAGCCAGGCAAGAUCUCCUGCACCGAAGCAGUUCUCACCAACCGAUCGGGCGACAACCGAGGGAAAUUCAAACUCCAGAACUUCCGGAAGAAGUACCAGCUGGGAGCCGCCGUGGCCGGGAACUGCUACCAAGCAGAGUGGGACAGCUACGUCCCCAAGCUGUACGAGCAGCUCGCUGGGAAAUAGAGCCGUCGCAGCAUAACUGCGCAGAAGAGAGAAGAGCUGUAGAACCCUGUAACUGACAAAAGGCCUUUUGGAUGUACAAGCUUUGCAUUUCAACAUUGUGAUUUAAUGAACAAGUUCCCAGUAACCCCUGAAAUAUUGGAUUUGUUACUGCACCUGACAUUGUCAUGCUGACCAUAAUAAAUUAAUUAUUGUCCGGUU